UUCAUAUCACCUAUUAUACACAGCGUUAGAAGCCUCAGGCUGCCUUCAAGAUGAUCUAAACAAACCUCUCCCCGAGUGUUUCUUCCCCCUCCGUCAAAAUUCAGUCCCAGGACAUAAACAACAUUCUCCCCACUCAAUCUUCCCGUUCAGCUCACCAUUCGGUCGACCUGAACUUCAGCACUGCUUUGAAUAGCAUCAGCACGAGUUCCCUCCUCACCGCCAACAUUUCAGCUCAAGACUUUCCAGUCUUCACCACGGAUUCCCAGUCAACAUGGCUUCCCAACUCAGCUUCCGCCCUGCCGGCACCAUCCGAGCACCUGUCCCUGAACCCCGUCGAGAAUCCCCAGCAGGACUUUGUUCUGUUCGACAACCCUCAGCCUCGUCAACAUAGUAGGAGUAUUCCUCUUUCUAGCCAACGUCGUCACUCUUGUCACACCCGUCGCGAGAAGCACGCUUCACACGCAGUCCAAAAUCAACGAGUGGCCCAGAUACUCCAGGCUAUUGGGCACCCAUCUCUGUCUUCUGCUUACGGCAAUCGUUUAUCGAAUCAGUUCUACGCAUCCUCUGCUCCAUCUUCAACUGUCUCUUUGAAUCGGUCUUCUCGCACUACACGGCCACCAGUACCCCUGUUUAAUCAGAACACUGGUAAUCAAAAUCAAGCCGCCAAGAUGAUGAACGCUGCAGACGUCGAUUUGGACGACUUCACCUUCUUUGAAGGAGGCGCCUCUACGGCCUUCUCUUCUCCGGCAGUCGCUUCCAGCUUUGACUUCAGCAGCGGCGCUUCUAGCGCUGCUUCUAAUCUUGGCACCGUGUCUCCUCAGGAUCUCUUGAUCCAGGAGCCCUUCAUGUCGGCGCCCAACUCUGCGGCGCUGACUGCCCUCACCUCUCCUUCGCUGUACAAUGGCAGCCCCGAGUUUGAUUCAUAUGAUGUUUCUCCCAACUUUGGCACUGCUGAAUUUGAGAACGGUCCUAGCGACCCCUGGUACCCACUGUUUCCUUCUGAUGCAAGCGGCCAAGAGUUUGCCAACGCAAACGAGUCGCCUGCUCAGAAGCCUUUGGAAUCAGAGCCUAUGUACCGAUCAUCAUCUUCUGGCAGUGGCAGUGGUAGCGGAAGCGGCAGGAAGAAGUCGUCUGGUGGCUCCCCUACGGGCUCCACCCGACACUCUUCCGUCUCCGGUGUUAACUCUCGCCGACGAGACAAGCCUCUGCCUCCUAUCAUUGUUGAGGACGCCAAUGACACCGUUGCCAUGAAGCGAGCUCGCAAUACCUUGGCUGCUCGAAAGUCGCGUGAGCGAAAGGCUCAGCGAUUUGAAGAGCUCGAGGAUCGUAUUGCGAAGCUGGAGGCAGAGCGUGAUCACUGGAAGAGGAUUGCACUGUCGCAAUCUGGAGCAUUGACGGAGUGAAGAAGUAAUUAAGACGGAAGUUGUUUCACUUUCCUUAUUCGCUAUAAUGUUUGACUAAAAACGGUUCCGAGGGAAGAUUUGUACUGUUCGCAAUGUUGCGCAUCUGAUACUACUAAAGUAGUUUUCUUUUUUCUUUUCAGAUAGUAAAUGUUCAUUAUUUCAUUUGACAUUGCU